UUGCAUUAACAAGAACUUGCGGCAUAGGUAGAAGAAGCAAACAAACAAUGGCUAUCAGAAGAAUCUUGAUGAGCUUCUGCUUCUUCUACCUUGUACUGAUUCUUAAUCUUUUUGCUCUUACCAAUGCUACAGUCCCGGCAAAGCGAUUCGCUUCUCCUUUUAACAGAACAAGUUUCCCUUCUGAUUUCGUAUUUGGUGCUGCUUCAGCUGCUUACCAGAUUGAAGGAGGAGCUCGUCAAGGAGGUAGGGGACCUAGUAUAUGGGAUACUUUCACGCACAAGCACCCAGAAAAAAUAUUUGACCGUUCUACCGGAGAUGUCGCUGUUGAUUUCUAUCACCGUUACAAGGAAGACAUACGUCUACUUAAGGAAGUUGGUAUGAAAGCAUUCAGGUUAUCCAUCUCUUGGUCUCGCAUUUUACCACAUGGGAAAGUAAGCAAAGGAGUGAAUCCAGAAGGCAUAAAAUUCUACAACAAUGUCAUCAAUGAGCUUAUCUCCAAUGGUUUGACGCCAUUUAUAACACUUUUCCACUGGGACACACCACAAACCCUAGAGGACGAAUAUGGAGGAUUUCUCAGUUCCAAAAUAGCGAAGGACUUUGGUGAUUAUGCGGACAUUUGCUUCAAGGAAUUUGGUGAUAGGGUAAAGCACUGGAUCACAUUGAAUGAGCCAUUAUCUUAUAGCAUGUUCGGAUAUGCAAGAGGUACCUUUGCACCAGGAAGAUGUUCGAGUUAUGUUGGUAAUUGUAGAGGUAAUUCUGCCACUGAGCCAUAUAUUGUAGCUCACAACAUGCUUCUUGCCCAUGCAACCGGUGUCAAAGUAUAUAAAGAAAAAUAUCAGAAAACACAAAAAGGACAGAUAGGAGCCACUCUGGUGACUCACUGGUUCGUGCCUAAAACAAAGACACCUCAGGGACGCAAGGCCCAAUUAAAAGCUCUUGAUUUUUUCCUAGGAUGGUUUUUGGAUCCAAUUACAUAUGGUGACUACCCAGCCAGCAUGCGAGCUAAUGUAGGACGUCGGCUCCCGAAAUUCACAAUGGAGCAGUCAAAGUUAGUGAAAGGAUCGAUGGAUUUCCUAGGAAUGAAUUACUAUACUACUUACUAUGCAUCUCCAAUGCUAUCUGUCCCUAGAGUUAAUCUUAGCUACACUACAGACAAUCAUGUAGAUAUAACUGCUGAAAAGGACGGAAAACCUAUCGGUACACCGACUGCCUUGAAUUGGCUUUACAUUUAUCCAAGAGGAAUAUAUGAUCUCAUGCUUUACAUCAAGCAAAAGUACAAGAAUCCUCCCAUUUACAUCACUGAAAAUGGAAUGGCUGAUGCAAACAAUAGUACAUUGCCACUUAAACAAGCCCUUAAGGAUGAUUUGAGGAUAAGGUAUUACGAGGGACACCUAUGGUUUCUGUCAAAAGCCAUAAAGGCGGGGGCAAAUGUGAAAGGACAUUUUGCAUGGUCAUUAUUAGAUGACUAUGAAUGGGAUGCUGGUUUCACUGUCCGAUUUGGCAUCACUUUUGUUGACUACAAAAAUGGACUUAAAAGAUACCUCAAGAAAUCUGCUUAUUGGUACAAGAAGUUCCUCUUGAAUACUGGCAAAUAAAUAUGAGUCUGACUUGGCUCCUGCCUCUUCAAAUUACAACCCAGCCAUUCUUCUGCAAUUUAUAAUUCAGUUCUGUUUUGUUUUAAAUGUUCUUUUUACCUUAAAGGGUAUUCUUGGAGGAUCAUCUCUUAGUGUCCUGCGUUAAGUGUCAUUGAGCUUUAUUUAUUGAAAAUAAACUGAGGAAUGCCUCAUUAUCAUUUGUA